AUGAGCAUGGACUUUUCCAAAAACGCGACGGAGAGCCCAGAGCCCUGCAAGGCAGAGGUGAAAGGCAGUAUCCCCAGCUGGCUCCAGGGCACACUGCUGCGUAAUGGUCCCGGCAUUUUCUCCGUCGGAGAAACCAGCUAUGAUCACUGGUUUGAUGGGAUGUCCCUCAUGAACAGCUUCACCUUCAAAGAUGGUGAAAUGAUCCAUAGAAGCAGGUUUCUCAGAGGUGACACCUACAAGGCUAACACGGCUGCAAACAGAAUAGUCGUGUCUGAAAUGGGCACAAUGGCCUAUCCAGACCCGAGCAAGAACUUCAUUGUCAAGGCGAUUACCUUCCUCAAUCACACAGUGCCUGACUUCACUGACAAUGGUGCCAGUAAUUUCAUCAAGUAUGGAAAUGAUUAUUUUGCCACAUCUGAAACCAACUACAUUCGCAAGAUUGAUCCUGUGACCCUGGAAACCCAGGACAAGGUGGAUUAUUUGAAGUACCUGCCAGCAAAUUUGGCAUCAUCUCAUCCACAUUAUGACAAAGAUGGCAAUGCUUACAACAUGGGGACUUCCAUAGCAGAAAAGGGCAAGACGAAAUACAUGCUGUUCAAAGUCCCUGCUGUUUCAGAUAAAGACAAAGGUAAGGACGCCAUAGCACUGAAGAAUGUGGAAGUGGUCUGCACAGUCCCCUGCCGGUCCUUGCUCACACCCAGCUACUACCACAGCUUCGGCAUGACUGAGAACUACUUUAUCUUUAUCGAACAGCCUUUCAAACUGGACAUCCUCAAGAUGGCCACUGCUUACAUGAGGGGGGUCAACUGGGCAAGCUGCCUCAAGUUCUGCCCUGAUGAAAAUACUCUGAUCCAUGUGAUCGACAGAAGGACAGGAAAAGAAGUUGAGACAAAAUACUACACUGGCGCAAUGGUCGUCUAUCAUCACGUGAAUGCCUUCGAGGAUGAUGGUCACGUUGUCUUUGACGUCAUUGCGUACAACGAUAACAGCCUGUAUGAGAUGUUCUACCUGAGCAAGCUGAAGGAAAAUCCUGGAUUCAAAGACAGUAGUUACUCUAAACCAAACUACAGAAGAUUUGUACUUCCUGUCAGAUCUGACAAGGGCUUUGCAGUUGGAGACGACCUGGUGAAACUCAAAUACACAACAGCCAGUGCUGUAAAGGAGAAAGAUGGCAAACUAAUGUGUCAAGCAGAGGUGCUUUGGGAAGGUUUUGAAUUACCCAGAAUUAAUUAUGACUUCAAUGGUAAGCGAAGCCGUUUUGUCUAUGGGAACUGCGUGGAGGAAUCUGCACUGGCAAAAAAGCUUGGGAAGUUUGACACAGAAACCAAGGAAAUGGUCUACUGGAGUGAAGACAACUGCUGGCCUUCAGAACCUGUGUUUGUACCCAGACCAAAUGGAGAAUCAGAAGAUGAUGGUGUGGUGAUUGUGUCUGUUCUCAACUCCAACCCAGGCCAGUCUUGUUUUAUCCUCCUCCUUGAUGGCAAAACCUUUAAAGAAGUUGCUCGAGCAUACGUGAAGGGUGGGCUCUACAAGGACAUGCAUGGAUUUUUCAUUCCUCAAGGGAAUUAG